AUGUCUCUGAAAAGAUGCCCAAAUUUUAGCUCUGCUGAGAUAACUGUGUUAACAGAUGAAGUGGAGAAAGGAAAAGACAUUCUAUUUUCCAGGCAAAAUUCAACAGUUUCCAAUUCUUUGAAGAAGGAAACAUGGAACAAAAUAGCCACCAAGGUAAAUGCUGUAAAUACUACAGAUCACAUCAGGUCCGGAGAAGAAAUGAAAAAGAAGUGGACCUGCUUGAGCAGCGAAAGCAGAAAGAAGUUGGCACUAAACAGGAGGGAGCAAAAAAAGAGAGGGGGAGGAUCCUUGCCAUCAGGGGCCGCCUUAAGACCAAUAGAUGAGAAAAUAGAAGGUAUCAUCGGGGAAACCUCAAUUUCGGGAAUUGAGGGGGGCAUUGACGUUUUAGAGACAGAGUCGGCCAGGGAAACGUCACCAAGCAAGAGCACAGAUGCUGUAAAUGUUGCAACAGAGGAAGAGAGGCUGGUUGUUGAGAAAAAAAGAUUAGAAAUGGAGGAAAAACGACUGAAAGUUGAAGAACUACAAAUACAACGUGAACAACAUGCUCUUCACCUGUGUCAGCUGGGAAUCGUUCGUGACGCUACAGUAACAGUCAACACCCCCUCUGAAAAUAAAUAA